CGGUGGCGUCCUCGCGCUCUCGCUCGCGCCCCCGCCCGUCGCCCGCGCAGGCCAGGCAUGAAUGCUGAGACUUGUGUCUCUUACUGCGAGUCGCCGGCUGCUGCCAUGGACGCCUACUACAGCCCGGUGUCGCAGAGCCGGGAGGGCUCAUCGCCUUUUAGGGCAUACCCCGGCGGCGAUAAGUUCGGCACAACUUUCCUCUCGGCCGCCGCCAAAGGGCAGGGAUUCGGAGACGCCAAGAGCCGGGCCCGCUACGGCGCGGGGCAGCAGGACCUGGCGGCACCCCUGGAGAGCGGCGCCGGGGCGCGGGGCUCCUUUAACAAGUUCCAGCCGCAGCCGCAGCCCCAGCCGCCGGCCCCGCAGCAGCCGCCGCAGCCGCAGCCGCAGCCGCCCGCGCAGCAACCGCAUCUCUACUUGCAGCGCGGCGCUUGCAAGACUCCCCCGGACGGCAGCCUCAAACUCCAGGAAGGCAGCGGCGGCCACAACGCGGCCUUGCAGGUCCCCUGCUACGCCAAAGAGAGCUCCCUGGGUGAGCCAGAGUUGCCGCCUGACUCUGACACCGUGGGGAUGGACAGCAGCUACCUCAGUGUGAAGGAGGCUGGAGUGAAGGGGCCCCAGGACCGGGCCAGUACCGACCUCCCCAGCCCGCUGGAGAAGGCCGAUUCUGAGAGCAACAAGGGCAAGAAGCGGAGGAACCGAACGACCUUCACUAGCUACCAGCUGGAGGAGCUGGAGAAGGUCUUCCAGAAGACCCACUACCCUGACGUGUAUGCCCGGGAGCAGCUGGCCAUGAGGACAGACCUCACCGAGGCCCGCGUGCAGGUCUGGUUCCAGAACCGGAGGGCCAAGUGGAGGAAGAGGGAGCGUUUCGGACAGAUGCAGCAGGUUCGAACCCACUUCUCCGCUGCCUACGAGCUGCCCCUCCUCACCCGGGCGGAGAACUAUGCCCAGAUUCAGAACCCGUCCUGGAUCGGCAACAAUGGGGCUGCCUCACCGGUGCCAGCCUGUGUGGUCCCCUGUGACCCGGUACCUGCCUGUAUGUCCCCUCACACCCACCCCCCUGGCUCCGGGGCCAGCGGUGUCACCGACUUCCUGAGCGUCUCCGGGGCUGGCAGUCACGUGGGCCAGACACACAUGGGAGGCCUGUUCGGAGCGGCGGGCCUCAGCCCGGGCCUCAACGGCUACGAGCUCAACGGGGAGCCGGACCGCAAGACCUCGAGCAUCGCAGCCCUGCGCAUGAAGGCCAAGGAGCACAGUGCGGCCAUCUCCUGGGCCACAUGACAGGGCACCUCUCGGCCUGUCCCCACGCCCUCCCCCGCCUCGGGGCACUGGCCGCGCCCACGCUUCCCAGGCCCCCAGCCUCCCAUUUGACUGUCCUCUUAGGAACCUGGCCUGGGCCAGGGGCCUGGCCCUCAGCACUUUCAGCCACCCCGAGUGUGAGGCCCCAUGGACCGCUGGGAGGGGGGGGCAGCAGGUCCCACCUGCCUGGGCCCCGAGGUCGAGCCCCUGCUCCUGGCCGGGGGCAGUGGAGGAAGCCAGGUGCCCAAGUUUUGCAGCUUUGUGUCCAUUAUAAGCUGAAGACCCUUUCUCCCCACCCCUGCUCCCCUGCCCUGCCCGAUUUGAGGGUUGAGUCAAGGCUAGGUUCCCAUCCAGACCGAGCAAUAGCCACGUGCAGUCAUGUCCAUCCUUCCCUCAGCCGUGUGGUCCCCUGGUCACUGGGCCAGUGAGUUUGUCUGAAGUCCGGAGUCCUGUUCUUCAGGGUCCUGCAGAAUCGCCC